AUGAUGUUAGAUUUUCAAGAACAAGUUACUAAAGCUGAAGCAGUGUGGGCUUUGACAGUUGCUCGACGUGGCUAUAGCUUUAAUUCUUGUGAUGAAAUAGGAGAUGUUUUUCGAACUAUGUUUCCUGAUUCAAAGAUUGCGCAACAAUUUAGUAUGCAGUCUAGGAAGGUUUCAUAUGUCUUAUCUCAUGGUUUAGGACCAUACUUUCAUGCAGAACUUAUAAAAUGUUUGAAAAAAACUGAAAAAUUUGUUUUAUGUUUCGAUGAACAGACCAACAACCAAAAUCGUAAACAAUUAGAUUUAUUAGUAAAGUAUUGGUGCUAUAGUGAAGGACUUGUUGUUACUCGAUAUUACAAAUCCAUUUUACUAAGACAUGCAACAGCAUCAGUUUUAAAGAAUGUUUUUAUUGAUUCACUUAAAGCUGAUGGAUUAGAAUUGAAACAAUUACUUAUGUUAGGCCAUGAUAGUCCAUUUAUUAACUUAUCAUUUGAAAAUUUGAUUGAUAAUGAAAUGAAGAAGAUUGGUUGUGGUCUUUUAAAAAUUGGAGGUUGUAAUCUUCAUAUUGCACAUAAUGGCUUUAAAACUGGUCUUACUGUGCUUGCCGUACCAUUUUUAACACCAGCAUUACGACGUCAUGCGCUUCCUUAUGUACCUGCGACCCGAGAGCAGUUAGAUAAUAUAUUCAAUUUAUUAAAACAAUAUUCAACAAAACAACGUCAACAUCUUAUUGAUCUUGGAAGUGGUGAUGGACGAAUUGUAUUUGAAGCAAUUCAACAAGGUUUUCCACGUGCUACUGGUAUUGAAAUCAAUCGUGUACUUGUUUAUUAUGCUCGUUUAAAAGCAUAUUUAUCCAAUCAAGGAAAUAUUUGUAAAUUUAAACGAGCAAAUCUUUGGAAACAUGAUUUAUCAAAAUAUGAUACAAUUGUUUUAUUUGGUGUUGAUACAAUGAUGGAACCAUUAUUAAAAAAAUUAUCAAAAGAAAUAAGUGAUGAAAGUAUUGUUAUAACAUGUCGUUAUCAAUUUCCAAUAAAAUUUGAUCGUACAGUUGGUGAAGAUAUUGAUGCUGUUUGGUUAUAUAAUUCUCAAACAAUUCGUAAACAAAUUUUAAAAACUUAA